GUGGCUUCUAUGGAAUGUAUGAUAAGAUCCUGCUGUUCCGCCAUGUCCCAGACUCAGAGAACAUCCUCCAGCUGGUGAAAUGUGCUACAGACAUCACAGAGGGAGACCUGGUCGAGGUGGUGUUAUCAGCCUCUGCAACAGUGGAGGACUUCCAGAUCCGUCCCCAUGCCUUGUUUGUCCACUCCUACCGGGCCCCUGCCUUCUGUGACCACUGUGGAGAGAUGCUGUGGGGCCUGGUGAGACAGGGCCUCAAGUGUGAAGGUUGUGGUCUGAACUAUCACAAGCGCUGUGCGUUUAAAAUCCCAAAUAACUGCAGUGGUAUCCGCAAGCGGAGGUUGUCCAAUGUCUCUCUGACCGGCUUGACCACACUGACCAUCACGCGGUCCAAUGAGCCUUCGCCUUUCACCUCCGACGAGGCCUUACUGUCUUCUGUCAAUUCCGGCAUGGAGCAGAAGGCACAGUCAGACAUCUUUCCCGGCAGAGAGAGAAGGUCCUCUUCCUACACCGGCCGGCCCAUAGAGUUAGACAAAAUCCUCCUGUCCAAAGUCAAGGUGCCUCAUACCUUCGUCGUCCACUCCUACACACGCCCCACCGUCUGCCAGCACUGCAAGAAGCUACUCAAGGGCCUGUUCCGUCAAGGCCUGCAAUGCAAAGAUUGCAAAUUCAACUGUCAUAAACGAUGUGCGCCCAAAGUGCCAAACAACUGCCUUGGAGAAGUGUCUAAAAAUGGAGAACUACUGAGCCCAGGGGCGGAGUCUGAUUUGGUGAUGGGGCAGGGUUGUGACGACCACGACAGUGACAGGAACAGUGGUCUCAUGGAUGACAUGGAGGAGGCCAUGGUGACUGACUCUGGCCUGCUGGAGGCUGGCCAAGGGGAAAUGGGAGAGCUCCACGACCCAGAGGACGACUCCAACAGGGCUAUAAGCCCAUCUACUAGCAACAAUAUCCCGCUGAUGCGAGUGGUCCAGUCAGUCAAACACACCAAGAGGAAAAGCAGUAAUGUCAUGAAGGAAGGUUGGCUAGUGCACUUCACCAGUAAAGACACUCUGAGGAAAAGACACUACUGGAGACUGGACAGCAAAUGCAUCACGCUUUUCCAGAAUGACACAGGAAGCAAAUACUACAAGGAAAUUCCAUUGUCAGAGGUGUUGUCUCUGGACCCAGCCAAGACCUUCAACCUGCUGUCUGAGGGCUCCAACGCCCACUGCUUUGAGAUCGCUACAGCCAGUCUGGUCUACUACGUAGGGGAGAACCUGGCGAGGCCGGAGGGCCCGGGGAGCAUGUCGGUCCACGGCAGUAUGCUGGUCAGUGGGGUCGGGCCGGACGUGGCCCGUAUGUGGGAGAUCGCCAUCCAGCACGCCCUCAUGCCCGCAAUCUCAAAAGGACUGUCGCACGGGUCACGCCACGGUGGCCACAAUGAUGUUUCCAUCAGCAUUUCAGUGUCCAACUGCCAGAUUCAAGAGAACGUGGAUAUCAGCUCAGUGUAUCAGAUAUUCCCGGAUGAAGUCCUAGGAUCGGGGCAAUUUGGGAUAGUUUAUGGAGGAAAGCACCGAAAAACUGGCCGGGAUGUAGCAAUUAAGAUCAUUGACAAGUUACGCUUCCCCACCAAGCAGGAGAGCCAGCUACGCAAUGAGGUCGCCAUCCUUCAGAACCUGCAUCACCCUGGGGUAGUGAACCUGGAGUGCAUGUUUGAGACGCCGGAGCGCGUCUUCGUUGUCAUGGAGAAGCUCCAUGGAGACAUGCUGGAGAUGAUCCUGUCCAGUGAGAAGGGGAGGCUGCCUGAACGCAUCACCAAAUUCUUUGUCUCACAGAUUCUUCAGGCUCUUCAUCAUCUCCACUUCAAGAACAUCGUCCACUGUGACCUCAAACCAGAGAACGUCUUAUUGGCGUCUUCUGACGCUUUUCCACAAGUGAAGUUGUGCGACUUUGGCUUUGCCCGCAUCAUUGGAGAGAAGUCUUUCCGUCGGUCAGUGGUGGGCACUCCGGCCUACCUGGCCCCUGAGGUCCUAAGGAACAAAGGCUACAACCGCUCCCUGGACAUGUGGUCUGUGGGGGUCAUCAUCUACGUCAGCCUCAGCGGUACCUUCCCAUUCAACGAGGACGAGGACAUUCACGACCAGAUCCAGAACGCUGACUUCAUGUACCCACCCAACCCCUGGAAGAAGGUGUCCCAGGAAGCAAUUGACCUCAUUAAUAACUUGCUGCAAGUCAAGAUGAGGAAGCGCUACAGCGUGGACAAGUCUCUCAGCCAUCCGUGGUUACAGGACUACCAAAUGUGGCUGGAUCUGCGCAGCCUAGAGUGGAAGAUGCACCAGCGCUACAUCACGCACGAGAGCGAUGACACCCGCUGGGAACGCCACGCCGAGCAGCACGGCCUGACGUACCCUGUCCACCUGGUCAACCCGCAUGCCGAUGUCAGCGAGGGGGUGGAGCCUGAGGCGGAGGAGGCGGACACCAUGACGGCCCUCAGCAUCAGGGUCAAUAGUGUAAACGCUGGGCUGCUGCCCCAUUAAGAGUUGGCAUGCUGCUGCCGCCCCCUUAAGAGCCUGCUCACUCCCUCCACAACACACCACAGCACAACGGACUGACUGACCCCUCCACUGCCAGCCAGGAACCAUGAGCUCGAAACCCUGCCUUUAAACUAACUGCCUAACGAACAAAGAUUCUAAUUUCCAAUAGUCUGUAUAUCAGUCAACCAGGUGUAUUGCCUUACUGCUUAAUGUAAGUGAAUCUAAUUACUAAUACUGUAAUACUCUGGGUAUGAGGGAUCAUCCAGGUGUACUGCAUGUUAAGUCAACAGCAGCAACCAAUCACUUCAAAAAGCAUUUUUCAUGAUGAUGUGGCCGGUGACACUGCUUCUUGAAUGUCCAAUAUCUUGAAAACUUGACUGCUGACAUCCAAAACAUUUUGGGACUAGUUUUUGAUAGUUUUUGAGUGGAUUUCCACUUGAAGUCAACAGCAGCAACCAAUCCCCCCAAAAAGCCAAAUGAUUUAGUCAAAACUAAAUUAUGUGAUUGGGUGCAACCCAACGAGAGAGCUCAGGACAAACCUGUGCUACUCAGUGAGAACGGAUAUUAUUAUCAUUACUACUAUUACUAGUAUUAUUACUAAAGUAUGAUAAAAAUGGACAGAAAACCAGUAAAGCUGGAUGGUGGAAAGACAAAGACCA